AUGGCCGAAGAGAACGUCGCGGUCGGCUAUGCAGGCGUGCCGACAGACCCGAGCCUGCUCCCCAUCCAAGCUGUCAUCGACCAGACUGCUCACUUUGCACAGGGAGGCAUCGACCAUCCCUUGCAGUCUACCUCGCGCAACCCUUACCGACCAAGAGACGAUCAGCUAGACGACCCGUCCCAAGAGCGUGUCAAGCUCACGUUCAGCCCGGACGACUUCAGGCAAUGGUUUGAAGAGCAGAGAGAGAUCACUGGCUGGUCGCGGAAUCACCGUGUUGAUCAUCUCAAGGGUACCCCUCGACGAGGAUUGUCAACGCAAGAGGACGAACCAAUCAGUCUCGACACGAGCGAAUGGAAUCAGCAACUUGUCCAGGCACUCACGCAAUCGAAUCCAGAUGUGCUCAGACCGUCGAUGCCCGAACGUCAGAACUCUGGCUGGGAAUUGACAGAGUACUACAAGUGUGAUCAUGCGACCAGCAAGCGCGCACUUUCUGAAGAUGAUGAGAAGCGCAAACGAAAGCGACGCAAGAAAUUGGCCGCGGUAGGCUGCAACGCCAAGCUUGUCAUUCGCAAGUCGCCAAAUGUCAUAGAGGUCGAUUGGCAUUUCGUCCACACUGGUCAUGAUCCAGCUCGAGAAGGUGCUGCUACCCGUCGUCGACUCUCUGCCGCAGCGACAAGCUACCUGGAGGAUCUCAUCAGAGCCGACAAAGACUGGAAGGAGAUCUCAGAGAUCGUCCGUGCAUCCAGAGAGGGCAUACCCGAUGCCGUGACCGGCGAGAUUGACAGAGUGCCAGAGUCAAUGCCCGAAAUCACCUGGCAGCUCAUCUACAAUCUCAAGCGCAAGCUCAACAAAGCUCCGGACCCCAUCCGAGCUGCAAAACGCGAGCAGAAACUACCACUGAUGACCCCGGACACAAUUGUCGAUCCCGACAUUGAUCCUUCGCUUGCUGCGCUUAGCGAAGCCUUCAAGGCCGAGCACUAA